UCUGCUGAGCUCUCAUCUUUUCGUUUCUCCCGGGCUUUAUUUGAGGCAGGUCCUACGAACCGCUUCAACGUCCACUCACACAUCCACCGAUAUCGUUCUCUGUUCCGCGGACCCCAAGCUUCCCAGCCAACUCUCAACAUGCUCUCCCGUGCCUUGCUCCUCUUACAGACCUUCCUCGCCUUCACAUCUCCCUCUCUCGCGGCGCCGUCAACACCGUGGUACGUUGAGUACCACCAACCUCGCGUGGCAGUCCCGCAGUCCUACUACGAAGGCCUCGGCCUGCUAAGACAAGCCCCGCUCAACCCCAACGCCGUCCGAGAUGUCGUCUGUCUUGAUCCCAGCGUCCGCAUCGUCGAAUACGACCAACACGCAGCCAUGCUAGCCAUCUGCGACGGCAUCGCGGGGCCGUCGAUCAGCGCGUGCGGCGGCGCGCCGGCCUCGACGGUGGGGCGGUCCGGCCGCGCCGCGUUCGCGGUCCGCGCCGCGCAGGACGGCGCCCGCAUCACCCUCUCCAAGGACCGCUGGGUGGGCUGUGUCGGCGCCGCGCGCCGGGCCUGUCCAGCCGGCAGCUUCGAGGCCGUCUGCGUGGGCGGCGCGACGAGGGGGGAUGUGGUGUUUUCGUUGACGGCUGUUUGAGUUGGUUCGGGUGGCGUUGGUAUGUACAGUGAUUCACUGGUGAUGGUG